AUGACAGACAAACAGGCUUUGGACGUCUUUAUUAGACAGCCCGUCAACCAGUCGAUGAUCAACUAUCUGGCCUCGACUACUUUAACAGUGAUCAAAUGCGACCCUCCUACUCCCACCUCGAUGCCCAUUUCCCCACCUCCCUCGCCUGGCUCGGGUUCUAAUGUCCCUCUGCCAACACUCAACUCAUUCAUCACUACCCUGGUUCAAAAGUCUAAUGUCCAGACUCCUACUCUGAUGACCACACUCGUUUACUUGGCACGUCUGCGCCAGAAACUGCCUUCUAUGGCCAAGGGAAUGGCAUGUACCUGCCACCGAAUCUUCUUAGCAUGUCUAAUUAUGGCUGCUAAGAAUCUGAAUGAUUCGUCUCCCAAGAACAAGUACUGGGCCAAGUACACUCUUGGACUGUUUAACAUUGCAGAGGUGAAUCUCAUGGAGAAGCAACUUCUGUAUCUGCUGGACUGGGAUCUUAGAGUACGUUCUUCGGAUUUGUACACCCAUUUCGCACCCUUUCUGCGACCUAUUAAGGACAAUCUCAAGCAAAAGAUGGCCUUGCAACAUGCCCAGCAAGCUGCUCAUCACCAUGUGGCUCACCAUCACCACCACUCUCACCAGUCACAAAUGCAUGUUGCUCCCAGCUACUCGCCAUAUUAUGAGACACCAUCGAACCCAUACAACAAUGUGUCAUCAUCUCAUCACGCAUACAACACACCACCAGUGAGUCCGUACCGACGAAUGCCCACCAGCUCAUCGAGCUCGUCGGUUUCAUCUGCCUCGUCGGCCGCUCACAUGUACCAACACCACCAAUCGCAUGCACAAUACUACCAAGCAGUGCCUCCACUGUCGACAUCGUCAUCAGCAUCUUCGCUAUCCACCACAUCGUCUUCAUAUUCAGCUGGCUCGUCAUCACCAUCGCCCAUUCUGUCGAUGCCCAGCCCAACCACCAUGGGCGUUGGCUACGCCCUGUCGCCUUCCGACUACACUCGCUCAUUAACUGCAUCCAAGAAACCUGCUCCUCGACUCGGCGGUUCCACAAAGAACAGGCUACGAUUCUGGUCGCGGUCCAACCAAGGCAACGACUACUACUCGUACAUGGACGACAGCGUCCGUGCUGUAUAA